AUGCCGACCGCCAAGCGACUCAAGAGCAAUGGCGACUUCAAGUCGCAAGCUAAGAAGCAGGACACUGCACGACCGACUGCUGCCGACAUUGAAGGCGAGACCGAGUUUGCUCAGCUUGCCAAACAGCACUGGCUGAAGCCCAACAAGCGAUCCACGAGGGUCAAGGUCAAAAACGAUGUUUUGAAACGCGAAAUCUGGGAUGCGCUGGAAAAGGAUGGCUUCCAGUACAAGUCAUUGCUGGUACUUGAAGGUCUUCAGAUCUUGGAGAGCUACCUUUGGCCAGGCUACUCGGAAGAAGCCUCCAACUUCCACGUCCUGCUGAUCGUCCUCGUCACCAAUGCAAAGGCAAGAGAGCGCUUGGAAACCUGGAAAAUCUUCGAAGAUCGCCCGGCCGACUUUUCGAUCCUGUUUCGGCGCAUCCUCGCCAUGACGCUCGACAACACACUAACGACCAAUAUCAGAUCGCAUCUGCUGUCAUUCGUCAUAUACGCCUUCCAGAGCCUCGACUGUGCCAUAGUCAGAAAGGAGUGCGCGCCUCUGGUAUCCAUCUCUACUUGGCACAAUCUCUCAACGGAGACGAAACGCGAAGCCAAACUCGCCGAGAUUGCGCCUCUGAAGAAGGCGUGGAAAGCUGCAGCAAGGAGAUACGAGGCCGCCGACGAUGAGACCAAGGCGCGCCUUCGAUUUGAGAGGCAAUGGCUCUAUACCCUGACCCUGCAUUUCCUCAACAUGCUGUACGACGACAAGGUCAAAGCAGAUGAAGUGACCUACAUUGCGCGGUACAUUGAGUUUCUCACCGAUUUGCAAAGCUCUUUGCCCACGCGAAGAUAUGUCAAUACCCUCCUGCAAGACUUGCAUCUCUUGACGGCAAUCAAGUUGUCACCAGUAUUUCGCGCCGAGGAAAAUGACGCCUUGCGCAGGCAGUGGGUUUUGCUGCGUCACUACAACGACUUCAGUAUUGACGAUCAAACUGGCAUUCAGCACAGCCGCUCAGAAGCCUACGAGCGCCACUGUGAUGCACUCAAGAAAUUGCAACAUGUGGCUUUCCGUCACUUCAAAGACAAGUUGACUGUGCUGGCACUUUCCAACUAUGCUUCCAUCGACAAGUACGACGAUCUCAAGGCUCUUCUGCAGGUGUUGAGCGAUGAGGAAACCACAAGUCUAGCUGUGCACCUAGACCUCAGAACAGAAUAUCCGAUUUCAUCCAAGAUCGUCUUGGAUGGGGCAUUUCUGCUCGAGGCCAUUGUUGCUACAUUUGAGAGGCCCAAGACCUUUCAAGACAGCCUGCCCAAUAUUUUACCGACAGAGAGAGACUUGCUUGAUCCCCUCUUGCUGAGUACGGAGGAUUAUGAUGGGUCGAGGCCAUUGCCGUUACCCAAGCUAAAUUUGCAGUACCUCUCUGUUGGAGAUUUCCUUUUCCGAUCAUUGGUACUGUACCGUGCAGAGGCAUUCUAUGGCAUUCGUAAUGAUAUUGAUGCCGCACUGAGACGGCUCAAGCCCGAGAUUGGAAGGUCGGGCGAGACCAGAUUCACUGGAUUUUCCAAGAUGGCAUUGCCUACCUCGCGACCUUCCAUCUUGGAAGUCGUCCCGCCACUUGUCGGUGACAAGAAACCGUCAGCAGUUCGCGCUGAAGUUACCCUCGAUGUUCGUCGUCUGUCGGACCAAAUUCGUCGAGAAUGGGAUUCACUACGGCCGGAUGAUGUUGUUUUCCUCGUGUCUGUAGAUGCUUCUUUGCAGCAGGCAGUGACCAAUGGCGAGAUUACACCUCUGUCUGAAGCUGAAAAACUCGGUCUGAUGAAUGUUCGUUCGGCCGAGGUUGUGUCAAUCAUGGAUGACAAGGGAAGAUCCAUCAGAGACCCGACGACCCACAGCAACGGCGGAAGUCGCGCUCCCACUCGAAGAAUACAGCUCAAGCUCGAUGCGGAAGCGUACCAGAAAGACAUGGAUCUAGUGACGCUGGGCAAGCCGGACGUGUAUGAAAAGAUGAACUUGAUCGUUAGGAGAAGCGGCCGGGAGAACAAUUUCAAGCCGGUCUUGGAGUCGAUCCGCAGUCUAGUACGCUCCGAGGUGCCGCUCGCCCCAUGGCUUCACGAGGUGUUCCUCGGCUAUGGCGACCCAGCUGCCGCAACGUACAAGAGUCUCCCCAAUCGAGUCAAGAAAAUCGACUUUAGAGACACAUUCCUUGACUGGCAACACCUCGUAGAGAGUAUGCCAGGCAAAGCCGUGGAGCCUGGGUUCAAUGUGUCGGGCAGUUUCCCACCUCCUUAUGUGCUGGAAUCUGUCGAUAAAGCCGCCGAGGAACCAAAGUCCAAGCCUUCAAAGAAAAGGAGGAGAGAUGUCGAGCCUGCUCUCCUGGACGAGAUCGAAACCUAUCACGUAUCAACCUAUAAGCCUCCGAAUACGGGUCCAUAUCCUAUGGAUAUACCGAAAUGGAACAGUGUUCGUUUCACGGCUGCUCAAGUCGACGCCAUCAUUUCGGGAACACAACCAGGUCUUACUGUUAUCGUCGGCCCUCCUGGAACGGGCAAAACCGACGUUGCCACGCAGAUUAUCAGUAAUAUCUACCACAAUUUCCCAGAGCAGCGCACUCUACUUAUCGCUCAUUCGAACCAAGCCUUGAAUCAGCUUUUCGCCAAGAUAGCUGCACUCGACAUUGAUGAACGACACCUCUUGCGUCUAGGUCACGGAGAGGAAGAACUUGGUCUGGAGGCAAACUUCAGCAAGCAGGGUCGUGUAGAGUCUUUCAUGGAGAACCGCAAUAGAUAUCUGCAAGAGGUCAAUAGGCUUGCUGCGAGCAUAGGUGCACCAGGCGCCCAUGGCAAUUCUGCAGAGACAGCCGGAUAUUUCGAUUCUGUUUAUGUCCAACCAGCAUGGGCCAAAUUCGCCGAGGCGACAGCAUCAGAAGACGUAUCUGCUGCCGACGUGGUUCAGGCAUUCCCAUUCCACCAGUACUUUUCAAACACCCCGCAGCCUCUGUUCCCUGCUGAAGCGGAUCGCGCAACCGUCCUGGAUAUCAUCAGUGGAUGUCGGCACCAUAUUUCCAAGAUCUUCUCGGAACUCAAGGACGUACAGCCAUUUGAGAUAUUGAAAAAGGAGAAAGACAAGGCCAACUAUCUUCUCACAAACGAGGCUCGGAUCAUUGCCAUGACAUCUACUCACGCUGCCAUGCGGAGAGGGGAGAUAGCAAACCUCGGGUUUCAUUAUGACAAUGUUGUGAUGGAAGAAGCUGCUCAGAUUACCGAGAUUGAAAACUUCAUUCCCCUGGCCAUGCAGAAGCCCAAGGACGGAACAACAGCCCUACAGAGAGUUGUUCUUUGUGGUGACCACUACCAGAACUCGCCCGUCAUCCAAAACUUUGCAUUCCGUCACUUUGCCAAUCUGGAACAGUCCCUCUUCUCACGUCUGAUCCGCCUGGGGAUUCCCGCAAUCACUCUGGACCAGCAAGGCCGCGCUCGUCCCUCGAUUGCCGCACUGUACCAGUGGCGUUAUCCCAACCUUGGCAGUCUACCACAUGUUGAGAGCCUCAAGGAGUUUCAAACGGCAAAUGCUGGUUUCAAGUUCGACUACCAGUUUAUCAACGUGCCAGAGUACAAGGGUCGUGGUGAAAUGGAGCCGACUCCACACUUUAUCCAGAAUCUCGGAGAAGCAGAGUAUGCUGUGGCUCUCUUUCAAUACAUGCGUCUUCUCGGAUACCCAGCCGAGCAGAUCAGUAUUCUUACAACAUAUGCGGGACAACGUGCUCUCGUCAAGGAUGUGCUAGCCCAUCGGUGUGCAAAGAAUCCGAUUUUCGGUUUGCCCAAGAUCGUCACGACGGUCGACAAGUACCAAGGCGAACAGAAUGACUAUAUAAUUCUUUCCUUGACACGCACAUCUCGAGUAGGAUACCUUCGAGACAUCCGUCGACUUACCGUGGCCUUGUCUCGUGCAAGACUUGGCCUCUAUAUUUUAGGCCGCCGAGAUGUCUUUGAGGCAUGUUAUGAAUUGAAACCCGCAUUCGAGCUGCUUCUCAAGCGUCCAGAUAAGCUCACACUUGUCACUGGCGAAUUGUGGCCCUCGGAGCGACUGCAGGCCAAUGAAGAGGACGAAUCCGUUCCUGGCGAGGCUGUCAUGGAAGGCGUGGAACACCUCGGGCAGUAUGUAUUUGAAAUGACGAAUGCAAAGAUCAAACAAUUAAGAGAGGAACGUGACCUGCCAGACGCGCAGGUCGCUGAAGUCUUGGAGCCUGUCAUUGAGGAAGAAAGGACCUAUGUCGACGGAGUAGGCGCUGCCGAGGAAGACGAGGAAGAUGUGGCGGCAGAGGUGCAGGAGGGAUUUGAGGCCGAGGAAGGCCCUGAUGGACAGUAG